AUGGAAAAAAUACGCUGCAGCUAUUGUCAGCAUGAGAUCUCUGGACAUCGUUUGCGGUGCACAGAAUGCGUCGACUUCGACGUUUGUUUACGGUGCUUUUCCUUGGGAGCAGAGGUAGCUUCACACAGACGGGAGCACUCUUAUGUGAUACAGAAUGAUCAAGGGCCGUGUGUUUUUGAAGAUUCCAGCAAAUGGACUCUUACCGAAGAGAUUAUGCUCCUUGAUGCAGUCGAACAAUAUGGAUAUGGGAACUGGAAUGGUACAUCAGCUCAUAUUGAGACCAGAACAUCUGUGGACUGUGAUGAACACUACAGACGUUUCUAUGUUAAUGGCGUUAUUGGAGAUGCAACACUUCAGGACUCUCCCAGACCAGGCAUCACAGACCACACUAGCGCCACUGGAGCAUUGGCAGGUCCUUUAUCACCGAGCCUGACCAUUCCUGUUACACCUCUAAACAUUGGACUGCAGCAGCAGCAGGAGCUUGGCUACAUGCCUUUGAGGGAUGACUUUGAGAUAGAAUAUGACAAUGAGGCAGAGACUCUAGUCAGCAGCUUAUCAGACUGUCCAGAUGACGAUGACAUAGACACCGCAAUACAGCUUGCUCAGAUCUACAAGUACCGCCUGCGACUGCAGGAUAGAGACAGACGGAAACGGAUCGCUCGAGAAUAUGGUCUGAUUGCUGCCGGUGCACCUUCCAUACCCAGAAAUCCUAAAACACUUCACUCUAAAAAGAAAAAUGGGAAAACUGGAAGAGAUCUACAAGAGCGAUUGAAACCAUUUUCACAGUUCCACCCAAAAACAGAACAUCAGUUACUGCUUGACAAUAUUAGAAGAGAAAAGGAAAUAAAAGCAAGAAUCAAAGAAUUGGUCCGUCUCAGAAAAAAUGGCAUUACAAAAUUAGCAGAUGAGAGAAUUUAUGAGGAAGAAAAGUGUAUAAGAGAAAAGAGGAAAGAAAAUAAGAAAAAGCUGUUGAGUGGGAUGUCCUCAAUGCCAGAGCGGAAUUUGCAAAUCUUCAGAAAAACAGAAGAAGACCUCGAAAAAAUGGCUACAUUUUUAAUAGAAAACGCAGAAAAGGUCACAGGAAGAGAUAGAAAGAGUAGAUUGCAACCUCGCAGGGAAGUGAACAGCAGCAUGUCAGGAUUUGAACUGAUUUCUGAGAAUGAAAAGAAGCUAUGCAAUUCCAUGGGCAUAUCACCAGCAAACUACAGUAACAGUCCAAACUUUCAUCAUAAAAGAGAAUUCUUGGUACACAUUACUAUCCUUGAAGGAAUUGAUGAUACUUUUGGCCACAAGAUUACGGGAUUUGAGCAGGAUCGGUUAUUAGUAGGAGCAGCAUUGACAUUUGAGGAAAACAGAUUUAAGUUUUUUUUUAUGUUGUGA